AUGCAGAACGUCAUAAAUUCUGGUAAUAAAAUCAAAGCUAAAUCAUUGAAUGAUCGCUUGUUUCGACAUUUAUGUCACGACAAUGUUGAAGACUUUGAACGCCUUAUUCUACACACCGAAGUUAGGUGGCAAUCAAAAGGAAAUUGUUUGACACACAUUUAUAAUUUAUUUCAAACUAUACUAGAAUUUCUGCAGCCACUUGAUAAACAACUUUACGAUGAAUUACAAAAAAUAGAGACAAAUAUUGCAUACUUAGCAAAUAUUUUUAAAAACUUAAUGAAGUCAAUAAAGAUUUUCAAGGUGAUAAAAUUAAUUUUAUCAAAUCUAAGUCUAUUAUCAGUAAAUUUAUUUCAAAAUUAAGUCUUUUUAAAGAAAUAUUAGCCAACGUGAAUUUAAUAAUUUUUUUAACUUAUUAACUUCAAAACAAAUAUUAGAUUCUGACUUAGAAAUAUACUGUGCACACCUUGAAUCCCUAAAAGAUAAUUUGAGUACUAGAUUUAAGGAUAUCAACGACCUGCUUAUACCAGAAUGGGUAUUUAAUCCAUUUUUACCAGAUAUACAAAAUUUCCAAUUGAAGAAGAACUACUCGAAGUGAAGCACAAUGAAGAAGUUAAACUCGUUUUUAAACAUAAUGAAUACGAGUUGUUUUGGCUUAAACAAAAAACUAUGUACCCUCAACUUUGGAAAAAAGUGGAAUUACUUAUUAUGGCUCUUCUGUCGACAUACCUGGUCGAAAAAAACUUUAGUGCGGUUCAACAACUUCUCACCAAAUUAAGAAACUAA